GCAGUAAGUCAGUCAGGUUAAAGUUUAUAUUUGACAGUGGGAAGCCAAGUGGUCGCUGGCUGGCCUAUACCCACCCCAACUGGUGAUACCGGAGUUGAGGGGCCUGCCCUGUCUCCCUGCAGCGAUGAGGAGGCAUGUUAGCAUCAACAGAUUGUCACUGCUGGAGACAGGAGGACGAGAGUGUCACUGGCAGAGCUGUGGGUACCAGAGAAGGUCCCUGGGUAGGGAGUGGCAGGUUCUUGCAUCUCCCCUAGCAGGGGCUGUGCCUCUCCGCGGCUCGCGCGGGAAGCACCGCUGGGCUGUGCGGACAGGGAUUGCAUGAGAAGCUCCCCUUGUGCAAGCUCCAGGCCCGUGCAGCGGCCGUGCAAUGUGGGGGAGCAACCACGGUGCUGUCAGGGCACUGCGUGUGAUGCCAAUCCGAGGCCACCCGGGCCGCUCUGAGGAAAGCCUGGAGGCUUGGGUUGGCACACUAACUGUUGGCUCACCGUGUGGAGCCCUGUGGAGGAUUUUGGAGCACAAAAGGCACAGGAAGAACGUGACAGUGCCCGAGCUGCUCAUUGAGCAUGUGGCUGGGGGCGGCUCUGCAUGCUGAGCACCCACAGUCCUACACAAGUAGCCAGGUGUUCCCCAAAUUUGGGGGAAGGUGUGAUGUACGUGAGAUGUGGCAUUCAGCUGUAGGCAAAAGGAGAUCCUCUGUCGCAGUGGAGGCUCAGCAGUGCUGAUUGCUAACUGAUGGGGGCGGAGGGAAAUGAGGGGAAUCUUCCAAAGCAGGGCUGCAAAGUGAGGAGACCAUGGGGACAUCCGUGUCCUUGGGCAGCAGGGGCACAGGCAGGAGGACCCAGCCUCAGGGCAUGAACAGCAAGCAGGAUAAGCCACCAGAUAACACGGGGGAAAAUGGGAUAAAGCCUUGCUAAACAUUGCACUCACCUCAAAAUGGUCAUCAUCAGGAUCACCGAGUCUGAUCCUGAUCACUCUAACUUGAUGCAUCAAGUCCGACACCUUGGGGGCAACAAGGGGGUAGUUAAAUGCUGAUUGGGAAAGUUCUGUGCCCACCAAAGGGUGAAUUUUGGUUAUGGCAUGGUUGAUCUCAGUUAAAGUGGGAGCUGCUCUGAACUGUGGAUGCUUCUGGGGUUGUUUUUCUUCUUGCAGGAAAUCCUGGGUGUCUGAAAGUUGAAAUCCUUUCACUUGAUGAGGUCACGAGGGGCUGGCCAGCAGCCAGGCACAGGGCUCCUGCGCAGCUCUGCCCACUCCUCUCUACGAGUCCAUCACUUCCUCCAGGACACUUCUCUUGCCUAUAUUUCUGCACGCCGCGAGAAGAAGCUUAGAUUUGCUCUUCUGGGAAAAAUGAGUGCCUGGCCCUCUCCUCUGCUUUGGAGCUUAACCAUGGCGUGUUUAACAGGUAUUGCUUUAUGCCAGACAACCACCACCCAGGUCCCCGUUGCAUCAACCCCAGCCCCUCCCAGUGCAACCACUACCGCGGCCUCUGCUCCCCUACCUGCCGCUGCAACGCUCUUGGCUGGAGUGGUGUCAACCACUGCAAACCUUGUCCUGACCACAGCAGCUCCAUCUCCUGAUCCAAGCACAAAAAAGCCUGCGCAGACUCUGCCUGCCACCACGGAUGUGACCGUCCUCACCUCUGGCAGCACAGCCACCUCUCAAGCACCUACGGGACCGAUGGCCACAUCCACCAGCACCCCAGUGUCCCCUCCAGGGGUGACCGUGUCUCCGGGGGUCCCGUCAGCAGCUCCGUUCCUCACCACUGCCAAGCCCUCAAACUGCAGCAGGGUGAACGUGACAGCCUGUGCCCGCUGCUCCCCAGGGACGGUUCCCAACAAAGACACCUUGAGCUGCUCGUGCUGUGUGGGUGUCUCGUGCACAGACCCCAGUGCCUGCACCUCCUGCCCGCUGGGCCACUACCAGCCCGAAAGCGGGCAACCCUCCUGCCUGCCUUGUCCGCAGGGGCGUUACACCAACCUCACAAGGAGCACCGCAUGCCUUCCCUGCCCGCCUGGCCAUUACGCUAAUGAGUCCGGGGCUGCAGCCUGCAGAGCGUGUGAGAAAGGCUAUUUUAGCUCCAAGCAAAAUGCAGCUUUUUGUCUGCCUUGCCUGCCUGGAUCAUUUUGCAACACCACCAGCUGCACGGAGUGUUUGCCUUGUCCUGGGGGGCAAGAGGCUCUGCAGGAGGCAUCGGGGGACUGCACGCCUUGCUCGCCAGGUACGUUCAAAGGUCUCGGUGACAACAACUGCAAGCUCUGCAGGACAGGAGAAUACCAAUUACAGUGGGGCAAGGAGAGCUGUGAGCUGUGCCCAGAAAAUCACUACUGUCCUAGCCCAGAUGUGAACCCGGUCAAGUGCCCCCCUGAUGCCUUCUGCCCCGCGGGCAGCGCUGCGCCGGCGUACUGCAUGGAGCUCUUUCUCUACAAGGCAGGAGACUCCUGCCAGCUGACUCCCCUGAUGGUCAUUCUCCUGGCCAUCUUCUCAGCAGGUGGAAUCCUUGCUGUCUUUCUAAUAAUUCUGAGAAGAAGGCAAGAAUAUAGCAAGAAAUCAUUAAAGUCUCUAUUGCUACCCCGAGACUCAAGAAGAAACACAACUUAUGGGGGGACUGAGCACACAGAACCAGUCUAUGCUGGCUGGUAGCGUAGGACAUGCCAUCAGCAAGCACCUUCUUCUUUUUUCCAUGGGACAAUACAGAUGAGGUGUAUAAGGAAAAUGUUUAACCAUGAACAACAUAUUUCUGUAGAGCUAAAAUAAGUGCAGAGAAAUAAAACUCAAUUUCUGAGUUAUGGCUACUUGUGCUAACCAACCGAGCUGCCCUGCUGUACUGAAACGGACCGAGGGGAAAAAUCUCCCUCUGCAAUUCCUGGUUUCAUUUACAAAUAAAUAUUUUUUCUCCUUUCCUCAGGAAAGAACCCCAACAAA